AUGAAGACUGUUCAAAUAGGCUUUAUCAACAAUCGAUUUGACGAGCAAUACACUUUUGAACUUCAAGGCUAUCUAUCAAUGCAAGAUUUCCGCAUGGCCAUGCAUCAGAUCAACAAUGCAAUUGCCCAUCAUCGUCGUCCAGGAAACAAAGCCACGUGUCUCAGUGGAUUGUGGAUUGCAUGGGCCCUUAUUGCUUUGGCAGUGUAUGCACUCACCGAAACCUUGAAACGGCACCAUCACGACGAUCUCACUUUGCCUGUGAUCCUCUUGGCUCCAUUCCUCAUGGUCGCUUCAGCCGUUUCAUUGUAUUGGCAUUGCCGUGUUAUACGUGUUAGGUUUGAACGUGCCGUUCUACAUGCAUGUAAUACAAUCAAUGCAACUGAGAAUACGCGAGGCAUCCAUUACCGAUUUGGCAAACGAAACAAUGUUGGCAGAUACCAUCCUGAUGUUGGCAUGUCUUCGUCCUCCUGCUAUGUCAUUCUCAUUGAAAUUGACGAUCACCGUUUCACCGAUCACCAUGGCAACGCAUGCUUUUCAAAACUACAAUAUCACUCCAAAGACUUCAUCAGCAUUCCUCUACAAAUUGAUGAACCACGUGCAGCCCAUUUGAGUGGCUCUGCUGGCGAUCAUGGGAAGAAGAACAAUGAGCUUGAAAAAACACUGUUUGCCCCAUCAUCCCAUUCAAAACAUAGUUUGACGCUUUCAUUGACCGAUGAAAAGCGUGCAUUGAUAUCCCCUUCUUCUUUCCAUUAA